UCAAAUAUGUAAACUAUUAAGUAAUUGCUAAGUUAUUCUUCGGGUCUACAAUAAUAUUUAUUUUUAUUACUUAUUACGUCAAAAAAAAAUAUAGUCUAUUCAUACUGACAGUUCGAAACCAGUAGCUUCAAAUACUUGAAUAAAAUAUUUUUCAAAGAUUCUUAAAAAAUGCCAAAUUUAUCAAAUAUAUCUCACGCAACAUUAAAGAUCAUUUUUGUUAUACAUUUCAUCCUUACAACAUGGGGAUUGCAAGGAAGAUGGUGUCCACAAUCGGCGAUAUUUUACAAUUUAUUAUUCUUUGGGUGUCUUCUUUGGGCGACCCAUAACACUGAGUCGGAUGAACCCUUACAAUUUGCGUUAAUUAUAAAUGUCUUAUCAAUUCUAUUCGAUAUAAUAACGCUAGCAAUCUACUUUAAUGGCGACAAUGCAUCUCAGAGAUUCAGCGGGAUUAUUAUGAUCGCAAAUUUGAUCUUUCGGAUAUUUUCAACCAAAUAUCUAUUGAAAAUUGGCCAACAAAGAGGUGGUACCAUUGCAACUCUGUUUCCAACAGCAACUGGUGAGUUUGGAAGGCAACAAUAUGAAGAUAUUUCUUAUCCAGUACCUCAGAACAACGAUUUUUCUGGAAUAUAAUAAUAAUCUACAGAACAGUAGAAUUUUUUCAUAUAGUUUUUAAUUUAAAAAAUAGUAAAUACUUUUUAAAAAUACUAUGCGGCACUAACUUGAAUUACUUUAUUUAUUUAUAAAUUUUUAAAUAACUAAACUAUACUAAAAUUACAAUUAUUUUUAAUAAAUUUUCUAUUUUAAUAAUCACUGUAACUAUUUAUGUAUAAACUAUAAUAAUUAAAAAUUAAAUUCAUUUUAAAUAUUUUUUAAUAACAAACAUUUAGUUGUUCACAGUUGCAGGAUAAAUUGUAGAAAAUUAACUAUACGUGAACAAAAAACCAGUAAAAAUAUUAAUUUAUAUUAAGAUUUUUUAUGUCAAGUUACUGUAUAGUUUUUUUUUUUCAUUCUACUCAUCAUCCGUAGCUCUCAACUACUUUAUUUGAAUAUUUUUAUUAUUAUAGUCUAC